AUGCAGAGCAGAAAAAGGCCUGGGAACAAUGCCGCGGACGCCAGUGACGAGGAACUGGGAAAGGGAUCGGAUGAUUCAACAGAGAAUGACUACUCAAGCAUUCCGGUUGCUGGAAUUCGAGACAUAGAAGUAGGAGGCUCGGAUAUUGAAAUAGACGCCGACUCGAUCGUUUCAUCGAGCAACCUGGCAGGAUCAGGCAGUUUAUACGCAGAGGACCAGCCGGCGACACCAAGAGAGGACUCAGACAACCAGUCGAGUGGGCAUCUGUCAAGUCACAACAUUGUACCGCGAGUAUUUUUGCGAAUAUCGCAGCACAGACAUUUUACGACAGACAGCAAUCCUCUCGAGCUUCACUUUCCCAGGAGCCACACGAUGGCUAAAACAUACAGCAUGGGUAACGAAGAGCUCCAGAGAGCGUACAGCAAUGCGAGUGGUGCCAGUUUAGGUGCAGGCAGUGGCAGGCAGCCAGAAAGUGACGAUAAAUACAAGAAAAAACACGGUAAGACGCACCGGCAUCACCACCACCGGCACCUUCCGCUUUUUAGUGGGUUGAUGAAGUCCAAGAACAGCGUGAAGGAGGAUAUAACGGCUGUGGAUGGUGAUGGAAACGCAGGAUCGGGGCUGGAGAUGGAGCCGGGUGUCGGCGCGUCGAUUGGCGCGUCAAUCGAGCCGAACAAUGACUCGACGGCAACCGUGAGCUCGGUCGGGUCCUCCGGGGUGGGCUCUUUACGGUCGUCCGAGAUGACGCGGGUUGCGGGAAGAGGCGAGGAGAAGGACGGGGAAGGAGAUGGAGAAGAAGAGAGUAACGAAAAAGGUAAAAGUACAGAGUACACAGUGUCUUUGGCGACAACAUCGAUCUCGCAGGAAACACCACCAGCAAUUGUGAUGUCGCGAGGCAGCAGCAUGACGGUUGCAUCGUCAGCAAUGAAGAAAACAAAGUCGGUGUCACGUUUCAAGAGCUUCACUAGGCGGGCAGCACGCAUUGCAGAGGAUAUAGCGUUUGGCACCACUGUGUACAGCACUGUGAGCAACCAGAACUUCAAGAAUGUUGAUCUGCCAGCAAGAGCUAAGCUGAGCGGAUACGAGAAGAGGCAGAUGCAGAUGGCAGAGUUCAGAAAGAAUCUCCAGGAUGCACAGCUCCGAAUCUACUUCGAGACACUUCGAUUCUUCCUCAAGUACAUGGACGACUCGAACGCGGACGACCCACUCAACUACGCGUUGACCCGUAAGAACAUGUGGCUUUUGUGGUACCAGAAGCUUGUGGCUCGUCUUGGAGUGGCAAUUGAGCUUUACGAGCAACAACAGCGCGAAAAGGAUAGGCUAGCAAGCGAUGUUUUGCAUGGGAAGAAGGUGCCCGGCUUGGAGAGGCAGCGGUCUGGGUUCAAAAACGUGGUGAAGGUGAAAAAACUACAUUCUAGUGCUGGUGAGCGCGGCAAAACAGGAAUGCCAAGUGCAGAAACAGUCGCCCAGAGCAUGUUCCAGGACAGACGGGUUGUUCUCUCGCUUCUCUGGUAUCUCCAGCUCUCCGGCAAGCUGUUGAAACAGGCCGAAGUGUUCAAAGACCAAUUACCGGCAGAAACAGACCAAAACGAGGUGUGCAUCGUGUCCACAAGCAAGAUGAAUGCAUUCAAGAAGCGUGCUUUGACAGAGUCCGAGCUCCGUGCACUCGAGAAGGCUGUUUCCGAGACUCUCGAGUUUGUUGAUGGCUGGAAUAUCCGCCACUCCGUGCCUGGGGCACACAUCAACGUGAUUACAGCGGCCUCAAGAUUUUUGACACUCACCGACAUGAAGGGGAAGGGAUACCUAGAUGAGCCGGUGAUCAAGCAGAACCCACAGUUUGACACCCAGGUGAUAUCCAAGUACUACUACACGAACCACAUAGGGGGCCGGGAGAAGGAGUUUUUGAAAGAUUACUCAUCCUUCACGACUCCGUCCAUUUCGCACAUUCCACUCCGGUCUUCCAGUCAGAGUUUGCUCAUCUGUGAGGACGUGGAAGCUUUGGUUUGCGAUGCUGGUGACCUCACCCAGAUGAUCACCGAGUUUAAGCGUGUCUUGAAACCUCAGGGCAAGUUGUAUUUGCAGCUUUGGGACAUUGACCCGGACACCCAGAAGAGAGCCAACCAGAAAGACACCACUCACAGUGUUGGUGAGUUUGUUUGGCACAGCCUCUGGCACAGUAUUGCCGACUAUGCCUCGAAGAACGGCACUGCCGUGACUGAUCUCACGAAGAAAAUCGUGCCUAUGCUCCAGGCCAUCGGGUUUAGUGACGUCAGAACUGCUUUCAUUGCGUAUCCGAUGCUCACAUCCUUGAAUUCGGCUGCUUCUGAUAUUAGCAGCACCCGGAUGUCCCAAACCAGCUCGACAAUUGGUGACUUAUCAUCCAUGCGGAACGAUAAUUCGAUACUUGGAUCGACAGCCGUUCAGACAGCAAAUGCCACUACUCAAGCAACCCAGGCAAGUCAAGCAACACAAGCUUCUAAUCAAGUUAGAUCCGUUCCAGUGGCAAAUCCAGCCCCCCACCUCCUCAAGAACUGGAAGGGACCAAGAUUGGACUCAUUUUUCGAGAUGAUGACCUCGUUCACCGAGUUCCUCAAAAUCCAGAAAGUCUUGAACCUCGCCACUUUGACCAAAGAUCUUUCCGAGUGCGAGGAGAUCGACGCUUUGAAAAAAGACGUAGGCGAGCAUGGCGACCCAACCGGCAUCAAGCAGCAGGAAAUCAACACGAGAAUUAUGACUAUGAAGCCUCUAGACACCGACAGGAUAAACUUGGCCAAGCUUUUCGUCGAUUACAAAGUGAACGGAUUCAAUGGAAGUGUUGUGGGAAGCAAGAUCUUGGAGGGAAGCCCUUAUGCCAACCCCAAGUACUUGUCUACACACAGAGGUAUGAUUGAGGACGAUGUGCUCUACGAAGGCCUCGGCUACAUGAUGGUGGUCACAGCCGUGAAAAAAGAUGAAUGA